GAACCCACUUCUGGCAGAUCAUAGCCAUAAUUGUACCACGUGCAUUGCGCAUGCCAAACACUUGUUUGGCUUGAACUAUGGGACCAUAGAUCAUUCUGCCCACUAGACAUUAGAAGGUCCAUGUAGGCAUCCAUGUGGCCUGAUCUAUCUUCUUUUCUGAACCUUAUCUAUGGAUUGCAAGUAGCAUUAGUCCUCUUCUUGCUUAUUUUCUGUGGCUGGCGUUUCUCCAUGCAACUCAUGGAUGAGCUUUAAAUAGCGAGAAUUCUCAAAACAAUGGGGGCCUCACAAAAUAAGAAAAGCUCCACCCCAGAAACUCCAGUGGGACAAAGUUCAGCAGGUUUCUCCACUGCAGUGUCGUAAAUUACAGUCAUGGCCCCCCCUCCAAAAGCACUUCUCUUAGCCCUUCCACACAAUGGAAUUGUUUUGGGAGAUGACUGCCGUUCUUCUCCAAAUUCUAACACGAGAGGGAGAGAGAGAGAGACUCCUAAGCAAUUGCAAGUUUCUCCAACACAAGCACAGGUUUUUCUCUAAAAGCUUCUCUCUUCAUACCGACCAGUACUGCUCGCUAGAAGUGAUGAAGACCGCUUCCAGAUCCCAUUCAUCCAGAAGUUAUUUAAUUCAUCAUCCCACUCAGUACCUGUUUGAACUGUUUGGAGCCCAUGAAAGCUAUUUUCAGACCAUUCCGCAAAGUUCUGUAAGUUAACAACUAGUUUAGUUUAUGGUGUUGUCUCUGUUCCUCUGCCCACCAAGGUAAUUAUAUUAUGGCAGGAAGUUUAUCCCUUCAUCAGACCCAACAGUUCAUAGCACCACCAAACAACAUCCCACAAGUCUCAGAAAAUAGACCCAGAGAGCAAACUUCAUUUCCCCCCUUACCACACCAACUCAAAACCAUAUUAGAAUUCAGGAAGGUCCAUGCCCAAUACAUUAAGCUUGGACUGGACCGAGUUCCCCGUCAUGCCGGAGAUCUCCUUUCCGCCUGUGCUCUCUCUGACUGGGGCAGCAUGGACUAUGCCUGCUCGAUCUUCCUCAGUCUUGAUGACCCAGGGACAUUCGACUUCAACACCAUGAUCAGAGCUCAUGUUAAAGACAAUGACCCAGAGGCAGCACUCCUUUUGUACAAAGAGACGCAGGAGAGAAUUGUCAGGCCUGACAACUUCACCUUCCCUUUCGCCCUCAAGGCUUGUGCUCAGCUCUCAGCCGCUGGAGAAGGAAUGCAGAUCCAUGGGCAUGUAACAAAACUUGGAUUUCAAUGUGAUAUCUUUGUCCAGAAUAGUCUGAUAUACAUGUAUGGCAAGUGUGGGGAGAUCAAUCUCUGUUGCAGAGUGUUCAAGCAAAUGGGCUCUGAUAGGACUGUUGCUUCUUGGAGUGCUAUUCUUGCAGCUCACACCAGAAUGGGCUUAUGGAAUGAGUGCCUGAAGCUCUUUGCGAUGAUGACCGCAGAAGGUCUGAGAGCUGAUGAGAGCUCCAUGGUUAGCGCUCUCUCCUCGUGUGCACAUUUGGGCACGUAUGAUCUUGGUAGAAGCAUCCAUUGUUCUUUACUCAGAAAUAUUAGUGGACUCAAUGUAAUAGUUCAAACUUCAUUGAUCGAUAUGUACCUCAAAUGUGGGUGCCUGGAGAAGGGGAUGGCAAUCUUUGAUAGGAUGCCUCAGAGGAACAAAUGGACAUUCAGUGCUGUGAUCUCGGGGCUGGCGAUGCAUGGGGAUGGCGAGAAGGUUCUGCAGAUCUUGUCAAACAUGCUCAAGGAAGGCAUAGAACCAGAUGAAGCCAUCUAUGUGGGAGUCCUGAGUGCUUGCAGCCAUGCUGGACUGCUUGAAGACGGGUUCUGGUGCUUUGAUCAAAUGCGGCUUGAACAUCGGAUCAUACCUAAUGCUCAGCAUUAUGGUUGCAUGGUGGAUCUCAUAAGCCAAGCUGGGAAGCUGAACGAGGCCUACGAGAUGAUCAGGAGCAUGCCAAUGGGGCCAACCGAUGUGGCUUGGCGCUGCCUACUGAAUGCCUGCAAAAUUCAUGGAAACCUGGAGCUUGCAGAAUGUGCCCAUAAAAAUCUAAUGCAGCUAGAUGUUCAUAAUGCAGGAGAUCACAUAAUUUUAUCAAAUAUGUAUGCUGAAGCACAAAGAUGGGAUGAUGCAGCAAGGAUCAGAGCAGAAAUGGCGGAUAGAGGAGUGCUGCAGGUUCCAGGAUACAGCAGGGUGGAGGUGAAGGGCAGGAUGCAUACCUUUGUUUCGCAUGACAAGUCGCACCCCAAGAAUGAUGAAGUUUAUGAGAUGCUCCAUCAGAUGGAAUGGCAGCUCAGAUUUGAGGGCUACACCCCUGACACAUCCCUUGUGCACAGCCAGAAGCUAGCAAUUGCUUUCUCCCUUGUAAAUACAAGCUAUGGGACUCUGAUACGGGUAGUUACAAACCUGAGAAUGAAUAAAGAGUGUCAUACCUACACUGCACUGAUUUCGAAGAUAUUUGAGCGGGAGAUAAUCAUCAGGGAUCACAACCGAUUCCACUGCUUUAGGCAAGGGGCAUGCUCUUGCGGAGGUUACUGGUGACGGGUAAACAUCUUUCAUCUGAAGCAAUUGCCUUACCAUCACUGAUCUUUCGAGCUUAAGCAAUUUCUUUAUCAAAUGUGAUUAAUGAAGCAACAAAAGGAAUUUCCAAGCAUCAAGAGGUCAAAUCUACUUGCACAUUUAACAUUGUUUCUCAAAGUCUGCAAUUUGUUUAUGAUGCUAUGGAUCUAUUUUAUCUUUUUCCUCCUUGUAGCUCUAUGGGAAAAAUAAUUGAAAAUGUGAAGGAAGUUUAAGCUUGGCAACACAUAAAUCUCUAGUCAAAGAACUGGAACACAGUAGAACAUA